CAAUAAAUACAUUCAAAUAAACACUUUCUUCUCUACUUCAAAAAACAAACCACCAACAUUUCCUCACGCGCCGCCGCAUAAUUACACACUUAUAUAUAUAUUAUAUAAUGAAGCCACACUUUCUAAUAGUCGCAUUCCCGGCGCGUGGGCACAUCAACCCGGCUCUUCAACUCGCCAAGCGCCUCAUCCACGAUCACAACUCCCAAAUCACCUUCGUCACCACUCUCUUCGCCUACCGAUCAAUGAUCAUUCAAGAUUUGUCGUCGUUACAACAAAACGACAUGUCGUUUGUUCCCUUUUCGGAUGGAUACGACAAUGGCCUUGCUGACGUGGCAGAUUUUGAUUACUACCGAGCCGAGCUAAGUCGGCUCGGCUCGCUAGCUCUAGCCGAGCUCAUCGCACAAAAAUCGUACAAAUGUUUAGUUUACACCCUUGGCCUCCCUUGGGUUGCUGACGUGGCGGCGGAGCAAAAUAUUCCGGUGGCCCUUUUGUGGGUUCAGGCGGCGGUGGUUUUCGAUGUAGUUUAUUAUUAUUUUCAUGGUUUUAAGGAAAUAAUUCAAGAAAAUAUUGAAAACUCUUUUUUUAAAUUGUCGUUUUUAAAUCUACCACAUAUUAAUUUUACUAUUGAAGAUCUUCCCACGUUUUUAGAUUCAAAAAAUUCUAAAUUUUUUUUAGUUGAAUUUUUCCGAACGCAGUUUGGAAAAAUUGACGAGGGAUCGAACCCGAAAAUAUUGGUGAAUACUUUUGAUGAGUUGGAAAAGGAAGCUUUAAGUUCAAUUGUUGGUAAAAAUUUGAGUUUGAUUGGAAUUGGACCUUUGGUGAGUUGUAAUAGAAGUUUGUCGUUUGAUGUAAACGACGUCGUUUUGUGGUUGAACUCUAAGAAGAAAACGACAGUCGUUUAUGUGUGUUUCGGCAGCAUUGUGGUUUUGUCAAAGGCCCAAAUGGAGGAAAUUGGUAAAGGGUUGUUGGGCUUUGGUUUUCCUUUUAUUUGGGUUAUUAGAGAAAAGAAAGUGAAAAACGACAAUGAAAUAGUGGAAAACGACAAUGAUGAGGAAUUGAGUUGUAGAGAAGAGUUGGAAAAGCUUGGAAUGAUAGUUCCUUGGUGUUCUCAAAUCGAGGUUUUGAGUAACGAGUCGAUCGGGUGUUUCGUGACUCAUUGUGGUUGGAACUCGACUUUGGAGGGCUUGGUUAGUGGGGUUCCGAUGGUGGCGUUUCCUCAGUGGGUAGAUCAGACGACGAAUGCUAAGUUGAUCGAGAAUGUAUGGAAAGUUGGAGCGAGAGUGAAACCUAACGAGGAAGGAGUUGUUGAGGGAGGAGAGAUUAAGAGGUGUUUGGAGUUGGUUAUGGGAUUGGGAGGGAAGGAAAAUGGGGUGGAAAAUGGGGAGGAAAUUAGAAGGAAUUCCAAAAAAUGGAAGGAUUUGGCUAAGGAAGCUAUUAUGGUAGGUGGCUCUUCUCAUAAAAAUUUAAAGGCUUUAAUUAGUGAGGUGAGUGGGGAAGUUGUAGAUAAUGCUUUUUCUUCAAAAGUAUGAUUUUGGGCAAUUUUACUUUGUUUUUAUGUAUACAUAUAUGUGUGGUACAUAUAUGGAAAUAUUUUGUUAGACACAAUAAGCAUUAUUAAUCUAUACAUUUACAUUGUAAUACAUGAUAUUUUGUUUUAGAAUAAAGUUUACAUCUAUACAAA